CCCAUUUCCUAAAACCUAUCCAUUAUUUUCUGCUCAACAAAUUGCCUCCUCCCGCCGAAACGUCGCUCCUCGAACUACGGAAGACGUGACGUUUUAGGGUUACAAUAUGAUCAUUGCACUGCGCUGCGUCAAAUCAAACUUCUCAAACUUACACAUUCACAAUUCUGAAACCCUUUCUGCUCUCGUAUAACUCCCUCCUUCGUUUUCUCCUUCAACCUUUCCUUACCCUCGCGUAAAUGGCUAACCAAUACGUUCCCGCACUCCCUUUUGACGGAACCGAACCCUCAAUACCCCUUGUAUCUUCCAAAGUUCUUACCCCUACAAUCCGCCCUUACUGCACUACCACUCCCGAUGCUGAGCGUAUGACUUCAGUCAUUGUUCAAGUUUCUCCCAUUACCGUGAACAAUGAAGCGUUCAAACCGGAACGCCUUCUAGAUAGCAUCAAGACUCACUUGACCGACCCAAAAGAUGCUUACCGGAAAUGGUACGCGAGGCUCCUUCCACAUUUUGAAAAUCAAUGGAAAGCCCAAGGGAUCGAUAAAGCUAUUCUCCUUUCGACGCAACCCCUCUACCUCCAUGACAAGGUUUUGAUGGCCAUGGCGGCUUUUUGGCAUUCGCAAACAGGUGCCUUUUUCCUCCCUUCAGGUCCAAUGGGUCCAACCCUAAUGGAUGUAGCAGUGAUCGCACAUUUGCCGAUCACUGGAGAGGACCCCGUUCUGGUUUCUCUCGGGAAUCAAGAACUUCCCCCCAACCAUCAAGGUUGGGCUCUGGCCAAACUGCCUGAAAGAGAAAGAGGGUGGACAUACUUUGUCAAUAAAUAUCAGGGUAAGGAGGAUACCCCUGUUUCCGAGUUGGAACAUACUGCUUUCCUCCUCUUCUGGCUCUGCAGAUAUAUCAUUCUCUCCCCUUCUAAACUUGUCCUUUCAACUCAUAUUGACCUAGCCAUUUAUCUAGCAUGUGGUCAUUUCUGUUCUUUAGGUACCUUAUUUCUAGCCAACCUCUUUGAAGGUUUAUCCCGAGUAAGUUCCCGUCUUACAGAUAUCAAAAAGGCGGAUACUGCAGCCUCAGGACCAUUUUGGUUCCUGGAACUGUGGUUCCGUCUAUACUUCCCCUCUGCAUUUUUUGGUCGCCUCCCAAUUUCUCCUAACCCUUAUAGGUCUAUUGGCUAUGCCUUAGCCAGAUUAACCCCGAACUCUUCCUGUCUAAAAUCCUCCGACUCUAUAAUAACCCAAAUUUUGACCGAAGAUCGGAACAAUUCCCGUUUUUUUGUAUAUACAACCUUAAUACAAUAUUCGACCGAUCUUUUCUUCCUUUAUCCCGACCCUACCUAUCCUUUAACUCGCCCAGAUCCUCUCCCUCACCCGACCUUUAUUUUUUCCUGGGACGCCGCAAUAAAACCCCGAUCUUUGUUUUCUAGCAGAAGGUCGGACAAGAAGAAUCGUAGAACAUUUUUCACUUACAAUUACCAACCUCAAUUUUUGUCGAGGCAAUUUGGUUGCUGCCAGGGCAUACCAGGGCCAUUAGCCAGUCCUCACCUCAUAUUUCAAAGCCCCGAGGGUCUGGUGAUUCCCGAACUCAUCCCGACCUAUAUUUCUCAACUCACCACCUACAUUACCUCGAAUUCAUAUCUCCCGUUCUGCCCAAAACCUUCGACAACCGAAGAUUUCCCUUCCUGGUGGUCGACCACCUGGUCUUUACUUGCCCCUUCGACUGACCAAUUGGUCGGGAGACUUGCUCCACCCCCAGCUCUGGCUCUUGGCUCCGCCCGACUGGCAGUCAGAGGAAGGAAAAGGCCAGACCCUACGGCAGGUGGGUCGGGAGCAAAAAGACAAAAAGCAAAGGCCACUCCUGCUAUCGAUAGGCAGGCCAUCGAGGAAUAUCUGGCUUCUCUGCCAAUAGAUACUAGCGGGAUGCCAAAGUAUCUAAGGCAACAAUUUGAAGAUCCUUCAAUGCUCCCGACCACUGGCCCUACCACGUCUCAACCGACCCACCAACAAUCGCCCGAGCCACAAGUUCCCAUCAAUUUAUCUUCAUCCCGAUCGACAGCCGUCCCGAUCAUAGAACAAUCAUCUAUGGUCCGGACCACCGAUCGACUAGCCAUAGUCCCGAUUACCACACAACCGACCCACAGACAACUAGAGGCACACCGACCAGGCGAAUCGAUGGGCAGGGUACCUCCUCCCCCAGCGUCGGAUAUCGUUGCGGUGAUGCCCGACCAACUUGUUGUCCUCCCCGACCAAGUUGCGGAACCUCAACAAGUAAGCGCUAAACCUUCCUUCAACAACAUCCUCCUGAUAAAACUUAUGAUACCUAAAACAUAUUUGGUCCAGGCUCCUAUUGAAGAUGUGGUAUUGCCCGAUCCCGACCAGGUCGUGGCUUUACCCGACCCGCUUGUUCAGCAAGUUGAUGAGGUUCCUAUUGUUGGUCCCGAACCAGUCCAACCCGAACCAGUCCAACCACCCGAUGAAGUAGAGGAAAUUUCCUCCUCAAGAUCGGGUGAAGCUUCUGUUAAUUUUGCCCCGCUGGAUCCGGGUAUGGAUUUAGCAGCCGCCCAACAACUUCCACCAGGGGAUGAAUCAGUUGCUGGUCCGAUUACCCGACCAGUCAACCCCUCAAAUUUCCAACUUAUGGCCCCUUCCGAGGCUACAGCUGCCCUGGAUCAAGCUGCUCAGGAGAUGAACAUUUUGACCCGAAUAAAUCUCCCGACACCCGUCAGAACCAUUGUGGAACGAUGCGCCAAUUUGGAUUAUGCCGACUUAGAACUGGCUGACCUUUCGGCGUUAGUCCAAGUCGCAAUAUCCCUACUGGUUCAACCUGCCCUGGAGUCGGGAGCUUCGCCAGUUCUCGAUCGGAUGAUGGCCAGGAUCACUGAACUUCAAGCUGAACUUCCUCUGAUCCGACCCCCAUUAUCCGAAGCGACCUCCUCUCGUCCGGCAGCAGAUCCUAAUCAUAUCGAAGCAGAUUUGAAGAAGGCUAACCAAGAUCUUAGCGUGGCUAGGGCCCGACUAGACGAGCUCCGGCAGGAGAGACAAACAUUAGCUACUGAAAUCGCUCAAAAGACUGAAGAACUACGACGACUUCAAGAACGAUUGGGAGCUAUAGAUGAUAGCAUACAAGAGGGAAGUCGUCUGGUUGAAACACAUUGCCUUAACCAAGCCAGUCUUUGCGACCAACUUCAGGCAGCGAUUCAAACGAGACUCGUCCAGAGACACCAAGAAGCAUACCAACGUCGUCGGGCCAUCAAGUCAGAACUCAAAUGGGCCGAUCUAAAAACUGCUUUACGGGCGCUUCUCUCCUUGUAAUGCAAAUAUAUUGUUCCUAUUUCUACAAAGCAGAUCCUAU